AGCUGGCUCGUGCGUGCAUCGAUUAGAUAAGCAUCAACCAAAACAAACUCCAAAGAAGGGGCAGCCAUCGUCAUCCAUCUGGCACGCCCGCUGCCUAUAAAAGGAUCCAACCCUGACCAGAAAAGGGGAAGAGGAGACGAGAUAGGGAAGACGGAGGAGAGAAAAGGAGGUCAUCGUACCUGGACGCAGUAGUCGGAGGAACGACGGGCGACUGCGGAGGCAGCUCUCGUUCCUGGAGAUCAAGACGCAGGCGCAGCUCACACCUACAGCUCUCAUCACCAACGCUCAUCCAUCCAUCGACACCCUAUAAAUCCCAUGCACGCACACAGCUAGCAGAGAUCAAUCAGGAGUAAGAAGGCCAUGGAGGUGAAGAUGACGGCUCCUAAUGAGGUGGUGCGCGACCCGCCGGAAAGAGACACGUCUCGGGCUGCCGGCGUGCAGCCCGGCAACCUCUCCAACUUUACCAUCAACACCAUGGCACACGCGAGGCGCAACGACGACGCCCACGACGAGGCUGCCGGCAUGCAGUGCGGUGCCAUCUCUAUGGCACCGGCGAGGCGCGACGACGACCUUGACGAGGCUGUCGGCGUGCAGCGCGGCGCCACCGCUAUGACACCCGCGAGACGCGACAACGACGUCCGCGACGAGGCUGUCGGCGUGCAUCGCGGCGCCAUCUUCAUCACCAUAAGCCGCGACGACGACGUCCGCGAGGAGGCUGCCGGCGUGUUGCGCGGCGCCAUCUUCAUCACCAUAAGCCGCGGCGACGACAUCCGCGAGGAGGCUGCCGGCGUGCUGCGCGGCGCCAUCAACAUCGCCAUCAACACCACCACAAGCCGCAGCGACGAGGCUGCCAGCUGCUGCGCGGCGCCAUCAUCACCACAUCUAUGGGGCACAACGGCAUCCGUGCCGGGGCUGACGGCGUGCCGUGCGGCGCCAUCUCCGUGGCACCGGCGAGGCGCGGCGACGACGUCCGCGAGGAGGCUGCCGGCGAGUUGCGCGGCGCCAUCUUCAUCACCAUAAGCCGCGGCGACGACGUCCGCGAGGAGGCUGCCGGCGUGCUGCGCGGCGCCAUCAACACCACCACAAGCCGCAGCGACGAGGCUGCCGGCGUGUAGCGCGGCGCCAUCAACUCCAUGACACAUGCGAGGCGCGACGACGACGUCCGCGAUGACGACAUCCGUGCUGGGGCUGCCGGCGUGCCGUGCGGCGCCACCUCCGUGGCACCGGUGAGGAGAGACGACCAUGUAUUUGACGGGGCGUCAUCUUCACCACCCACGAAUGGCGCCAAAGAUGAUGGCGUCGCGAGGCAGCCGGUGUGCAGCCCGGCGCCGCCUUCUCUUCUAACAAGCCGUGCUGAAGAGGACGGGCGUUGCAACGAUGCCGACGCGAAGCCCGGCGCCCAAAGGCGCAUGAACACCUCCUGGGCUCUAGCGUGCACGCGACAUGCCAUGCAUACAUAUUACAUAAGCUAGCCAAGUGAUAAUUUGAGCAUCGUGAUGCAUUACUUCAAGAUCCAUGUACGUACGUAUACGUACUGUGGGGAACCAAAGCUUGGCCAUGCACGGCAUCUAUGCCCACGGUCAUGUGCUUAGCGUCAGAGCGUCAAGACGAAACGCAGGCCACACCGCUUAGAAGGAGGUGAACACAACAUUUUCAUCGACACACCCACGAGCCGUGACGACGGCGUCCGUGACGAGGCUGCCGGCGUGCAGCGCGACGCCCUCUCCACGACGCCCAUGAGGCGAGACGACCCCACGCCAAGGCUGCCGCUAUGCAGCGCGACGCUCUCCACACUUGCGAGGCGCGACGACGACGUCCACGCCAAGACAGCCGGCGUGCUGCGCGGCGCCAUUUUUACCACCCAUGAGGCAUGACAACAACAAGCAUGUGCCACGGCUGCUGGUGCGCGACUCGGCGCCAUCUCCAUCAUACCUCGAGGCGGGACGACGACGAGUCCAUGACCAGCAUGUUGGCGUGAAGCCGCCGCAUAGCUCGGGCACCAUGCUAGGCCUCGGCCCGGCUGCUCAUCGUGAAGAUCCGGCGCUCCAAUCACGAGUUUGACGUACACCCAUAGGAGCGUUAAUGGGCACACACGCGAGGGCCGUACGUACAUGCCUAUGGUGUGCACACAUGCAGGCACCUGCUAUGCCUUUGGCUGUGCACGUGCGCACCAGCUAGGCAGCUACGACCAAAGACGAGGUCAUAUAUAUGCAACAUGAGAGCAACCUAAAGCGGGUGGCAUUCAUGCUGCAAGCCACGCGGAAACGACUUUAGGCCGACGACCGUACCUUUCGACACGGGACGGUUUCUUCGGCGAGCCUAUGAGACGGCGAUCUUGUCUACGCCGACAGCCAUCAACUUGGCGUUGGUCCAAGACGAGGCGCCGACCACACUGGCUACACCAACUUGCGCAUGUGUCGGUUUUCACACCGACACCGAUCUCCAUCGACAACAUACUCCCGCGAGGCAUACCCCUUGCGCGCCCCGAUGACGCCACUGGUCGUCGAGAAGUCCUGGCUGAGUGGACCCAUGCUACUUCAACUACAACUACACCAACGCCGUUGAUACGUCCAUUUUGCAUCACUAUUUUAUAUCAUAAUUUGCUGUUAUUCAUUGAUAUAUUUCAUAUUUGGAGAUGAUACUUAUGUUAUUUCAUCUAUUUUGCAUGUUUCGUGAUUAUUUGGAGAUCGCGCAUCGGAGCCAGGAUUCUGCUGGAAAAAGCACCGUCAGGAUGCAAUAUUUCGGAAGAUCAGCAGUUGACGGAAAUUAUAUGAAAAUUCCUAUUUUUCCAGAAGACGAAGGGAGCCAGAAGGGGGAGCCGAGGGGACCCGAGGUGGGCCCAGCUCAUAGGCCGGCGCGGCCCAAGGCCUGGCCGCGCCGCCCUGUGAGGAGGGGGCCCACAGCCCUCUCUCGCCUCCUUUUCUUCGCGUACGUCUUCGUCCCGAAAACCUAAGCCACAGAGGAUAGUCGCGAAGAGUCACAGCCGCCUCUGCGGGGCGGAGAACACCAGAGAGAAAAGAGCUCUCCGGCGGGCAGGAAUCCGCCGGGGAAAUUCCCUCCCGGAGGGGGAACUCGACGCCAUCGUCACCGUCAUCGAGCUGGACAUCAUCUCCAUCACCAUCAUCAUCAUCAUCAUCACCGCCAUCUCCACCGCUGCACCUCGUCACCGCUGUAACGAUUCGGGUUGGAUCUUGAUUGUUUGAUAGGGGAAACUCUCCCGGUGUUGAUUUCUACUUGUUAUUGAUGCUAUUGAGUGAAACCGUUGAACCAAGGUUUAUGUUCAGAUUGUUAUUCAUCAUCAUAUCACCUCUGAUCAUGUUUCA